AGAGACCGGCUUCGGCGCCGUCGCGUCGCUGCGCAUGAUUAAAAGCACACUUUCGGUAUAGUUCACCACAGCACACCACACCACAUCACACAGUCCAAGCCAGUCUCAGCUGGCCGCGCUGCUUUUGGAUUGGUGGUUCAAUUAUUUCUUGUCAAGGGAACGAACGUGACGCUGUUAGUAAUUCGGGUUUUUUUGCUGUCUGGAAUUUCGAGUGUCUCCAUUUAAUAGUGAAUUUUUAAUCGCCAAGAAGGUGUUAAGUGUUACUCGUAGCAAGUGAGUCGUGAAAUUCGUCGAAGAAUCGCACCAAUUAAAGAUUUCCUCUUCUGUUCCCAGUCUGUGAAUCAAGCUUUUUUGCCACACCAUGAACAACUGCCGAAUUCUAGUCGACGUCGACUGCAGCCGCUACGAGGACGAUGCCUUCUCGCUGUUGGAUAAAUCGGCCGAAGUUAACGUGGUCAAGGACCUCAAGUCCUCCACGGUGGCCACUUUCGAUCAAACCAGUUUCCCACAUCUGAGCACCUCUUCGCGUACCCAACUAAAGCAGCAGCUGCUCCGGGAGCAGCUCAAAAACUGCGACCGGAGCCUGUCCCCGAUGACCUCGCCGUCCGUUUUUUCCGUUCAGCUUCCGCUGGAAAACAUGGACAUCGAUUUGCCGAAAAAGGUGCUCCAGGUAGAGACGCGGUUGGAGAACCCAACCCGGUACCACGUCAUCCAGAAGCAAAAGACCCAGGUCCGGGAGUACGUGACCGCAGCGCUCAAACUCACCAAGCAAAACGUCCUACGCGAGGCUACCCACUCGCGUUUGCUGAUCCUCGCUAAGCUGUACGAUUCGUUUAUCGGCAGUAAACCGGCGAGUGGAACAACACCGAACCGGCCGACAACUCCGUCCGCUACGGUGACUGGAACGGCAGCCGUCGGCGCAACACUCGAGCAGCAGCAGGAAUGGCGGCUGGAAAUGAAACUGGCGGCUCGUUUCGGCAACAAACUCUACCAGACGUUCAUCGACGAGUUCGACUACAUUCGGGAUCUGCUCUGUCAGAUUCGGUUCGAGAUUCCCAAGUGGGUCUUCGUGGUGACGGAAUUCGAGGGCGAGAUUUCUUCCUUUCAGAGUGCGAAAGCCGCCGCUGGAGUUGAGGAGCUGUUGCUGAAGCAGUCACUGAGCAACGAGAAGAACUCCAAGCACGAGAAGUUCAUCGAACCGGAGGUUCGCGAUCGGAUCAAGAAGGAUAACCACAACUGUAGUAUGUAUCGGUGGGUCGGGCAGCUCUUGGCGUUGAGCUACACUUGUUAUAACGUAUGUUGGAUUGUAAUGCAGCUAGAGCCCAAAAUUCGAGAAAUGCACAUCGAAAUGAUUUCUUUUAUGGUUUACUGUUAUUGUUUUCUCUGAUACAUUAAGGGAAUUUGACUCGAAAACAAGAUUGUUUUUUCUUCCUAGUUUCUUCCUCGGUUUUUUUUUACCAGGUAGAAGGAAUGCUGAUUUUGGCGAUGAUGGGAAUGUACUACAGCUGAAAUUGUUGGAGUUUCGGUCUAAGGAAGUGUCAUCCACUAAAAACCAAUCCCUAUGCUUUGAGCUGGAUCUUUCAUCAUUCCUCCCUUCUGUGUGGGUGUAUUUUUUUAACUCGUCAAAAGCUAGUCUUGUGCUGUGAUACAUUAAUUCAAUAUUAGUUAAAAUUAUUCUAUUUGAUUAAAACAUUUGUAACGAAUGUA